AUGGAAGAGAAGCGGCUGGAUCGCGAAGCUUUCCUGGAAAGUUCGGGUGUCUUGACAGCUGAAUACCGCGGCGAGCCGUUCCAAGACUGCCGCUUCGAAGGCAUUUACUGUUUCGGCGCCACCGAAAGCCGCAACUUCGCAGUAAUUGGCUGUCCCUGCGGAACUUUGAAAGUGGGAUCUGUGUUGGGGCUGAGUUCGAAGUUUCCUUCCCGCACGGGCCCGGUUUCCUUCCCCCGGAACUUCCGCCUCUCCCGUGAGGCCAGAGAGUCGAUUGCGGAUCAGCAUGCAUUUCGAAACGAAAAGUUCCCCAUGGAAAUCGCCUUGACGGCCCUCGUCGAGUGCCGCAACCGCUGGAACAGCGUCCCCAGCACUGCCCCUGCAGCCCCAGCUCCGCACGCAGAAACCCCGAGCAGCAGCAGCAGCAGCAGCAGCAAACACGACGGCGUCAGCAGCAGCACCAGACGCAACGGCAGCAAGUGCCGGCGCAAAGGCAGGAACAGCGGCAGCCGCAGCAGCAACGACUGCUACGGCAGCAGCCGCAGCAACGACUGCUGCGGCAGUGGCCGCAGCAAUAACGACCACAACAGCAGCAGCGGCAGCAGCAGAAGCAGCAGCGGCAACAACAGCGGCGACAGCAGCAACGACUACAACAGCAGCAGCGACAACAGCAGCAGCAGCAGCAGCGGCAGCAGCAGCAGCAGCAGCAGCAGCGAGUGCGGGGGCUUGGAGCUUCUGCGGUCCUUCGAGGUGAUAACGUCUCGCAGGGCUUUGCGUUGUUUGCUGCGUUUUUUGUUUCCGUUUUACUCUCCGUACUUGGGGAGCUUCUGCAUCGACGCGGACUUGGUUGGAAAUAGUUUGCUGCUGAGCUGCAGCAGCAGCAGCAGCAGCAGCAGCAGCGCGAAGGGCGUGGCAGGGGGCUUCGGGAGGGACUUCGAGCGGCGCUGCGUGAAGCGCGCUGCUGCGCGGCUAGCUGCGAAAGGCGCAGAAGAUUUGACUUCAGCUUUUGUGUUGCAUUCGACAAGUCUUUUUGGAGCGCUGCGGCUGGUGGUGUCAGCAGAGAUCGACGCGCUGCUGCCGCUGCCAGGGGCGGCUGCAGCAGCGCGCCGCUGCUGCUGCUGCUGCUGCAGCGGCAGCAGCGGCUGCUGCAGCAGCAGCAGCAGCCGCUGCUGCUGCUGCUGCAGCUUCGAGUUCAGGCGAAUCGGAAGCAACGACUGCUUCGUUCACAGCUGCCCGACUCUGUCUUUGCUCGAGCAGCAGCUGCUGCAGGGCUCGCCGCCCUUCGUGGAGUUGAAGACCCAUUCAAGUUUUUCGGACUUCGCCGCUGCAGACGCUGCGGACCAGAUGCUGCUGGGGGGCGUUCGGAGGCUUUUGAAGGCUGAACACCGCAGCGGAGAAGUCAAAAAAGUAAAAUUAAUUGAAUUGAACUCUUUGCUGCAUCAGAUCAACUCACAGGAGUCCCCAGACAGCCAAAUCGCCCGCUGGAAAGCGCUAGCGGCGCUGCUGCUGCAGCUCCGGAAACUUGCACAAGACGCCAAGGAUCUCCCCUCAGACGAAGUUGCAUGCAUUCGAGUUCAGUAUUUCGCUCGCAAGGAGUAUUUGAAAAUUCAAAAAAGAAAUAAAGAAGAAGUCCGACUUUCCGAAGAAGCCGCCAGCUGGCUCAAGACCCCCGGCCCCGCGCGCUGCCGCUGA